AUGGUACCCGGGCUUUACACUUUGCGCAAUCACGGCCUUCUUCAAGUCGAAGGAAAGUAUGGCUGCAUUUUGAGAGGAGUUGGGGGAAGGAUGGAUUGCAAAAAGCCUGAAAACUUGAACGAUGCAAAUCGAACCUGCACCUCAUCGAGACCUGAACCUCAAAUUGACCAUCAUUAA